AUGAAUUGGGCACAUAUUAGCUACAAUGGGAACACUGUGGUUAUUUUGGGUGCAAACAGCUGGGCUGGGUAUCCGCCUAUGUUGGAUUCUAGAAUAGUCAGUUCGUUCCCUUUCACCAUGAUACUGCUCUCCGAUCUAGUCACACAAUGGCUGGCUUGGGACCAGGACCCUCAAACCCGCGAGGAAAUCAUUUGCCUCCGCGAUGAGAAGAAGGAUGAUGAAUUGGAGAAGCGGCUCCGAAAAUAUAUCGAAUUCGGCACCGCAGGUCUUCGCGGUCGUAUGCAAGGCGGCUUUUCCUCCAUUAAUGCCCUGACUGUUAUUCAAGCCUCACAGGGGCUAGGGAAGUUUAUCGAACAGUUUCACUGUCGGAGUCCCGCCCAGGGCGCGGGACAGGACUCGCCCACAGUCAUCAUUGGCCGCGAUGCACGGCAUAACUCGGAGAAAUUUGCCGCGCUGGCUGCGAAUGCGUUUGCUGCGCAAGGGAUUCGUGUGUUAUGGUAUGAGAAUGCGGGGCCGACGCCGCUGGUGCCAUUUGGUGUGUUGGCACAUCGAGCGGCUGCCGGGGUUAUGAUUACGGCUAGUCAUAAUCCUGCAUGUGAUAAUGGUUUAUACACGUCAGCCGGCUGUCAGAUAAAUACUCCCAUGGACGCCCAGAUUGCUCAAUUAAUCCAAGAAAACCUGGAACCGUGGCCGUCCGCCUGGGCCACAUUGGACCAGAACAAAUAUUUGACCCUGGAUUCCUACGAGGAUACAGCGAAAAUGUAUUGCGGCGCCGUCACCAGGUUCAUUAACUCAAUCAGACUCACCACCGGUCCUCCAAGGCAAUUUGUCUACACUCCCUUACACGGAGUGGGCUAUGCAACCAUGUCCCGCCUUUGCGAAGAGUUGGGGAUAACAGACAUGAUCACCGUGGCCGAACAGCAGGAACCGAACCCGGAUUUCCCAACCGUUGUUUUCCCCAAUCCCGAAGAAGCCGGCGCAUUGGAUUUGGCCAUGAAAACCGCGGACGCCGUGAAUCGCAGCCUGAUCAUCGCCAAUGACCCCGAUGCUGAUAGGCUUGCCGUGGCAGAGAAAGUCAAUGGCAUCUGGGUGAAAUUCACCGGCGACCAACUUGGCAUCCUCCUUGCCUCCUACAUGCUCGACGCAAUCCAAGCCGAAACCCAGUCCCAGCAAGAAACCCCCACGCAACACACGAAAAAGAUCGCCAUGCUCACUACCGCCGUCUCAACAAGCAUGCUCUCCAAACUCGCCGCUGCCGAAUCCAUCCACUUCCAAGAAACACUGACUGGCUUCAAAUGGCUCGGAAACGUUGCCAGGAGGCUCCAAACUCAGGCCUCCGCUGACGACGCCUACACCGUCCCGUUUGCUUUCGAAGAAGCCCUCGGCUACAUGUUCCCUGCAAUCAGCUACGACAAAGACGGCCUAACGGCCGCCAUGGUAUUUCUUGCCGCCGAAACAACCUGGAGAGUCCGCGAUGGGCUAACGCCGUACGAGAAGUUGAUGGAGCUUUAUGGAACGUAUGGGUAUCAUGAGAGUUUGAAUGGAUAUUUUGUCUCGCCGAGUAGAGGCGUCACGGACGAGUUGUUUGAGGGCAUUCGCAGGGAAUUCGGGCCGGUUGCCCGUGCCGGAAGUACUUCUACGGGAAGCAUUGGGUCAUUGCCGAUUCUGCGGUGGAGAGAUGUGACGCGGGGGGUUGAUGUGGGAGAGGAUUCCAUUGCGGCUGACGGUCCGGGGAGUGAAAAGCGGUUGCCCGUCGAUCCGAGCAGUCAGAUGCUGACGGUGUGGUCUGAGCGGGGAAUUCGGUUUACGCUGAGGGGCUCCGGGACAGAGCCAAAGGUUAAAAUAUACAUUGAGAGCUGUUGCGACUCUCGCGAAGAAGCUGUCAAGGCCGUCUGUUACAUGUUUACGACUGUGCUGGAGCAUUGGGUAAAACCGCAUGCCCCAACGAUGACGUGGGCGCGAGAGAUGGUUACGUCGUCUGGACAUGUGCUUCGUGCGGCAUAG